AUGUCUAUCCUCGCCCUCCUACCACCACUUCCGCCCUUCCUUUUCUCGGCCCUCGUCGUGAGCGGUCUCGCCUCGAAAGCUUUACAUAUCGCCCUACAUAUUCGCUCGUUACCCUUCCUCUACUUCGUACUAUACUCGCCGACCCUAAUUCUUCCCGAUGUCUUCGUCAUUUUGUGCGCGCGCGUACUGUUGCGCUUCCAGGCGCCGGAAGGUCGAUGGCAAUGGCUCUCGACCGUGCUGGGUGGGGCACUCUCCUUGAUCACAUGGGGUGCCUCCUCCAUCCAGUUCGGAUUCUUCAUGCAGACCGGUGCCGAGGUCGCCUGGGCAGCUGGGGGUAGUUUCCUCAGCGAUCCAGCCGCCAUGAAAAUCCUCCUCAGUGGCAUCUCCACCGUCUCCGCAGCGGCCACCGUCCUCGGCCUCGUCGCCUGGUUGGCCCAUUCGCAUCUGUACAACCUCACCGGCCUCGGAUUGCAGGCAAUCCGAGAUCUGAAAUCAUGCAUGGCCUCCAUGGAUCUCCGAUCGCUCCGCAUUAUCAUUCCCGCUGUCGCCAUCUCUGUCUCACUCGUGUUUUUGGAAAUUACUCGCCCAUCGAUUCCAUAUGACCAUCUAUCCGGCGCUUUGCCCUUGACAUUACUCGAUGCGUUCAACAAGAAGACCGCUACUGUGGAGGGAUGUCGCGAGCCAGUGGUGCCUUUCCCCGAGUUGAAGUCCUCCCGCCCGCUUUUCCAGCCAGACGCAUCUUUCGUGGAACAAUGGUCACGAGCGACAUGGCUGCCCGAGAACCCGCCAGCAGGUUUCAGCCGCUGGGACAUCAGCCCGCACGAUCGUGCAGAGAAGGAUAACCACUUCUCUUUUGUUUGUGGUAGUGAUGAAGGCGGGUUCUUCAACCCGAAGAAUGAUCCGCUUAAGGUGUCGAACUUGGGCUCUGAAAUUUACGAGCCCCUGCAAAAAGCAUUCAAUGAGCACUCUGUUGAGGUCAAUCAUGUUGUGCUAUUGACCCUUGAAAGCGGUCGUAAGGAGCUCUUCCCUACGCAGCAAGGAACCCCCCUGUUCGAUGCUCUUCUGGCCUCUCACAAGAAGCAGAAUGUAGAUGAAGCAAUUGACCGUUUGGUCACAAUGACUCCUACCGCCCAACAGCUGACCGGUGAAUAUGCCACCGAUAGCAAGGGCAACAGGGUUGAUUUGAGCAAUGCUACUUGGGAAAACCCACCUCAAGAAGGGAUGGGUGGUCUUAAUGUGCGAGGCGCUUUGACUGGAAGCUCUCUGACUUUCAAGAGUGUUUUGGGCAGCCACUGCGGUGUCCACCCACUACCGGUCGACUUGUUAGAAGAGUCGCAGCUUGAGAUCUACCAACCAUGCUUGCCCCAGAUCUUUGAUCUGUUCAACUCCGGCAAAUCCCAGCCCCAUACGAACCAAAGCCAAGCCUCCAGAAGUACUUCCGAGGCCGUGAAGAACCCCUGGAAGUCUGUCUUCAUGCAGUCCAUCACUGACGACUAUGAUCGCCAAGAUGUGCUCAACGAGAACAUGGGCUUCAAGCACAAAGUCGUCAAGAGUGAUCUCGAAGGCUCACGUUCGAAGUACAGAGCCAAGGGCAAGGAGAUUAAUUACUUUGGUUAUGCUGAGACCGAACUCCGUCCCUAUGUCCGGGAUCUCUUCGAGGAGGCGGCAAACAACAAGACCCGCAUGUUCCUCUCCCAUGUUACUAGCACAACGCAUCACCCAUGGAGCACACCGGAUGACUUCAAGAAGCAACCGUACAUGAGUGACCAGGGAAGCAUCAACCACGACCUGAUGAAUAACUACCUGAACGCGGCCCGUUUCGUCGACAUCUGGCUCGGUGAUAUCAUGAACAUGCUGCAGGAGACCGGCAUUGCCAACGAGACUCUUGUUGUCGUUGUUGGAGACCACGGCCAGGCUUUUGGCGAAGACAACAAGGACAUGACUGGAACCUACGAGAAUGGCCAUAUUAGUAACUACCGUGUUCCCCUGGUUUUCCACCACCCGCAAAUGCCCCGUGUCGAUAUCACCGCCAACGCAACCGCCCUCUCCAUCAUCCCGACGAUUCUUGAUCUCCUCGUCGAGUCGAACUCUCUGGAUGAGCGAGACGCUGAAAUCGCCUCCGCCAUCCUCCCUGAAUACCAGGGCCAGUCUCUCCUGCGCCCCUUCCUCUCCUCAAUCGAAACCCGUUCCAAGCACGAUGGCCCACCCAAGCGAUUUGUCUGGAACAUGGGCCUCAUCAACGCCGGAGGUUCCAUGCUCUCCAUCACAACGGCCGGUAUGCCUUACCGCAUGAUCCUGCCCUUGAAAGAAGAGUUCGAGUAUACCUUCACCCAUAUCGGUGAAGACCCCGGUGAAGCCCACCUCAUCAAAGCGUGGACACUGAAAUCACUCGUCGAGGAGGUGACCCCCAAGCACGGCGAGGAAGCCGCCAUCUGGCUCGAAGAUGCCGAGAAGGUCGGCAAGUGGUGGGUCACCGAACAAAAACGCAUCUGGGGCUACCGCGAAGCCUAA